UACUAUGCCCCAAAAUAAAAUAACGCAUUUUUUUUCUAAGAAAUCUGAUUUUGACAAUGAAAAUUCUUUAGAAAACAAGAAAUUAAAUAGAGAUGAAACAUCCUUAAAUAAAAUUCAUAAAAUCAAAAAGUUAAAGGUUGCAGAAAAUGUGAAAAAAAAUUAUUUAAUAGUUGAAUCUAAAGACACUGAUGUUGUUCAAGCUAAUCCUAUUAAAAAUAUACCAUUAAAUCUAAAUGUGUAUAUAAAAGACAUUGAUACAUAUGAUCCUUCCAAGGUAAAUUAUGAUGCAGUUUCUGAUGCAGUGUGGGAUCAAAAUCAAAAUGUUCCAUAUGCUGCCCUAUCAAAAACAUUAGAAUACAUAGAAGAAGAAUCCUCAAGACUAAAGAUUAUCAAUAUAUUGAGUAACUUCUUUCAAUCAACAAUAAUAUUGACCCCCAAUGAUCUCAUUCCUAUUCUUUAUUUAUGUUCUAAUUGCAUUGCACCAGCCUAUCAAGGAAAAGAGUUGGGAAUGGGUGAAAAUGUUGUGCUCAAAAUGAUUGCUGAAAAUACUGGUAGGAGCAUUGCUAGCGUUAAACAGGACCUCAAGUCUAAGGGAGAUAUAGGAAUAGUCGCCCAAAACAGCAAAACUACCCAAAGAACAAUGUUCAAAUCUAAGAAACGUCUCACGAUUAACAAGGUCUUUAAAACCCUUUCAGACAUGUCGGAGAUAUCCGGCAACACAAGUACUACCAAAAAAUUGAACAAACUGAAGGACUUGUUUCUAGAUUGCGAAAAAAGUGAAAGCCGAUACCUAGUUAGGUUUGUUUGCGGGAAGAUGAGGAUAGGACUCGCCCAGCAGAGCAUACUGACGGCAUUGGCUAUGGCGUUUACAAAUGCCACAAGGAAAAAUGCUAAAAAGAAAGCGAUGGACCAAAAUGCGGCUAUAUUGAAAAAUUCCUUCAAUGAAUGCCCAUCUUACGAUAUCCUUAUUCCUUUAAUCCUGCAAAAUGGAAUUUCGAAUUUAGCCGAUACUUGUAAAAUGCAUCCAGGUGUUCCUGUCAAGCCCAUGUUGGCCCAACCCUCAAAAGGUGACCUCAGCGAAUUGUUCAAAAAAUUCGAUAAAUCUUCCGACAAAUCAAACGAACCCUUGACCUUCGAAUAUAAAUACGACGGAGAGAGAGCUCAGAUCCAUCUCUGUUCUGACGGGACUUUCAGAAUUUACAGCCGAAAUCAAGAGGAUACUACGCAGAAAUAUCCCGAUUUGAUCCAAAAAUUUUUACGCGAUUCACCCACCGAUGAGGUUCACGACGAAAUUUACGACGCGCAGAACGUGAAGGAUUUUAUUAUGGAUGCGGAGGUGGUAGCAUGGGACUCGCAAAAUUGCCGCAUUUUGCCCUUCCAAAUUUUAAGUACCAGAAAGAGAAAAGACGCAUCCAGUUUCGACGUAAAGGUCGAGGUUCGGGCUUUCGCUUUCGACCUUUUAUACCUAAACGGGAACCGUCUCACCGAUCUACCUUUACAUGAGAGACGAGGACUUUUGAAGGAAACAUUCCGAGCUUCCGGCCAUUUUUUCGAUUUCGCGCGUUCUCUUGACCUCCCAGCCAAUCAGGAAACGCGCGAAUUGGAUAAAGUUUCGGAUUUUUUGGAUGCCGCUAUCAAAGGAAAUUGUGAGGGACUGAUGGUCAAAAGUUUGGAUUCGACUUACGAAAUCGACAAGCGUUCUAAUAAAUGGCUUAAACUUAAAAAGGAUUACCUGGAUUCAACCGGGGAUACCUUUGAUUUGGUGAUAAUAGGAGCUUAUCAAGGGCAAGGCAAAAGAACGGGCCAUUAUGGCGGGCUUUUAUUGGCCUGUUACGACGAUGUUAACGAACAAUACCAAACCAUUUGCAAAUUGGGAACAGGUUUCAAAGAUGCCGAUUUAGAGAAAUUACAUUCCAAACUACAGGAACACGUGAUAAAAGCCCCCAAACCAUAUUAUUGCACUGGGUUUAAUGAACAACAAGGUAGCAGCCCAGAUAUCUGGUUCGAACCCAAAUUGGUUUGCGAAGUUAAGGCGGCCGAUCUUUCCAUAUCUCCCAUACAUAAGGCUGCCAUAGGCUUGGUGGACCCAGAUAAGGGCAUAUCCUUAAGGUUCCCUCGUUACAUUAAACUCCGUGAAGAUAAAAAUGCCGAAGAUGCCACUACAGCUACCCAAAUCGCUCAUUUUUACAAUCAACAAGAACAAAUAAAAGAUAAAAAUAACCAAGAUGAAAAUGAAUUAGAUAUUGAGGAAAAUUAAUCUUAUGAAUUAUAGUGUUUCAUUGUAUAGAUGUAUAGUGAUGUUUAAAUAUAAUUGAUUUUUUUAAGGUUUUUUUGUAUGUUUGUAAAACUACCUUCUAUAUUUUGCAAAAUUAAAUCAUGGAUAAUAAUAUUUUCAUUCCAUCAUAUAUAUCUUAUAUUUUUA